AUGAAUCUUCAAAAAAUUGCUGAUUUGUUAACAUUAAAAGAUGCUGUAGAGAUACUCAAAAUUGUCUACGAACGAGAUGAUAUUAAGACUACUUUAACCAAUCGACUUAAAAUAGGAUCGAACUUCAUCCCAAUAAAAGAAUAUAUUAAAAGCAGUAAUACAAUCGAGCCUUGGUAUUUCUAUGAGAAAUGUAACGAUUUCAACUUCAAUGAAGGGUUCACCACAUUCAAAUGUCAACAUGGAACUUGCCCUAUCUGCGGCCAGGAAGCUUUACAUGAAUGCUGUGUUUCGUCAUAUCCAUCUACCUUCUCACCGGAUGGAAGUGUUGCAACAUGGGCAAAGUGUCCAUUUUAUUGUACCGAGUACAACGAAGAAACAUUUAACGAGCACUUGACAAGUUGCCAGGGCGUGAUCACAGAAGAACUCAGAAUCAUAUUCUUAAAGGUCGAGGCCUAUGUUCUUAUGAGUGGUGAUGUGGUAAACUCUAAUAUAGAUAGAGAUAGUU